UCCGCUUUCUUGGUUGAAUAAUUUUUUUUUUUAGUUUAUUUUGUUUGUCUAUGGGGAUAAUUUAUUAUUUUGAAUAUUUAUGAGUUUGGUGGAGUAUGAAAUUUUUCUUAGUGACAAUAAUUUUUUUUAUUAUUUUUAUUUCGUUUAUUUUUGUUAUUUUAUUUUGAGGGUGUGUGUAAUGCUAGAUAAAUAAUUAAAUUAUUGGAGAUAAUUUAAUAUUUUAUUAUUUGUGAAUAUUAUUGUAGGUAAAUUAAUAAUAAAAAAUAUGGGUAAAUAUAUUAUAGCAUAUUGUUUAAUUUAUUAUUAAUAAUAAUAAUAUUAUUACUAUUACUAUUAUUAUUAUUAAUACUAAUAUUAUUAUUACUAUUACUAUUAUUAUUAUUUAUUAUUAUUAUUAUUAUUAUUAUUAUUAUUAUUAUAUAUUACUGUUAAACAACGUAGGUAUGUAUAUAUAUAUAUAUUCUUUUUUUGUUUUUAAAUUUUAAGUUGUUAAUCUAGGGUUAUAUUAGGGUUAGGAUUAUAUAUAAGAUGUUUAUAUGAUUGUUUAGGGUUUGAAGGGUUUAGAAACGGGGUGAGAGGCAGAGACGGAGAGAGAGAACGAAACCGAGCCGUGAAGAAAAAGUGAGAUUUCGGGUUUGUCGUUUGAGAGUUUGUGGGCUGCUCUAAAUCGUUUCUUUGAUUCUAAAUCCUCUCAUAAAGCUUUUAGAAUGUGAUUUAGAGGUUGGAAAUUAAACUGUUCGAAUUCACCAUCAUUUACGUUCAAAAAUACGGUUCUUGAAACGGACCCGAAUUUGAACGUGUUUAAGUUGUUUCGGAGAUCAAAGGAGGUUGUGUUUAAGUUUAUGGGACCCCAAAGAUCAGUUUUGACGUGAAGAAACGGGGUAAAAGGCUCUGAAACGAAAAAUCACAGUUUUGGACACCAUUUUUGCCGGUGUACCGUGUUUGGAGAAGACGAUCUCAAAUCGGUCAUUUCGAGACGAAAUAUCAGUGGUGUUUGACUCCUUUGAGGUUCUGGGAUCCCUAGGAAUAUUUUCCAAUCGAAAAGACGCAUCGAAACGGGUUGUAGAAAAACUUUGGAGCUCGCCGGCGCCGGAGAAGACAAUUACGCCGGCGUAACUCCGGCGACACGAUUUGGGCAUAUCUGAGGUGGUUUUCCCAUAUUUUUUUGUAGAUUUCGAUUCUACAUAUUAUUCUAGGGUGUUUGGUAAAGUUUCAUAAUUUUCUUGCAAUUAUUUGAUUUAUUAUGAAUUAUUUGGUUUAUGUGUUAAAUUAAUUAUGAAAAAUACUUAGAUUACUCAGAAAAAUCUAAAUUUAUUUUAUAUGAUUAGUUAUAAGAUAUAAACUAUUGGAAAAUUGGUAGAUUCGAAUUUCAGUUAAUUUUGUAAUUUUCACGAAUUAUUUGUGUUAUUUAUUAAAUUAAUUAUGAAAAAUACUUAGGUUGCUCAGAAAAAUCUAAGUUUAUUUUCUAUGAUUGGUUAUGGAUUAUAAACUGUUACAAAAUUGAUAGAUUAGGUUUUCGGUCGAUUUUGUAUUUUUCAUGAAUUAUUUGUGUUAUUUCUAAAGUUAAUUAUGAAAAAUACCUAGAUUAUUCAGAAAAUUAAAAGUUAAUUAUUUAGGGCUUAGUAUAGAGUAUAAACUGUGUUAGAAUGGUUAGAUUGGGUUUUCAAUCAUUUUUGUAUUUUUCAUGAAUUUAUUUAGUUAAUACUUAAAAUAAUUAUGAAAAAUAGUUAAGUGAUGCUAAAACAGUAAAAUAUAUUUUUGUAAUGCUAUUUACUACCUAUGGUACGAAUUAAAAGGGGUUUUUAUAAUUUAUUAGUUGCUGUAGGUAUUUAUUAUAAUUAUUUGUGACUAAAUAAUGAUUUAAUUGAGUUUUAGAUAGAGUAAAUAUUAAAAAUUGUGUUCACUGCUUGGGAACUGUCAAUAUAAUGUUACAAUAUAAUUCUAGUCUAUGAAAUAAAUUUAAGACUAGGUUGAGAUGUUUUGUUAUUUUAUAUAUCUAAGUAAUUGGUACUUAUAUACAGUUUGAAGUGUAAAUUAGUACAUGAAUAUGAAUAAUAAAUUGUACGUGUUUCUAGAUUGAUUUAAUUACUUUUAUAAUCUGUAUAAAUGAUUAAGAAAUAUGUUAGCUUCUGAUUUUGAUAAAUAAUUACAUAAUUGUAUAUUUUGUUGAUAAAUAGUAUUUUAGUAAAAUUUCACGUAAAAAGUGUUUGUAUGAGCACAUGUUUUACGUUAAAAAUAUUCAUAUGGGUACAUGCAAUGUGUUGGUGUGAAAUAUAUUGAUAAAUGGUUAUGUAUGGUGUGGCAUGCAAGUAAAAUUAGCUUAUGUGUUACGUACUUCUACGUAGGUUUUUGUAUGAGUACAGAGAUUCAUACUUGAAUAUAUUUUGAAUGUAUUGUUGUGUUAAUGAAUAUUUAGGAUCUUGUUCUCAACAAGGAAAUUCAUUGAGGUGCUUGGAGUAGCAAGAAGGUGUUCUUAACAACUGAGGUAAGAAGAGUGGACAUCUGUGCACAGGGUGUAUGUUGAAACAUACAACUGUAUUAUGGGUUUGUAUUUACAUGUUUUAUUCUAUGGUAGAUUGUUGUUUUAUGCUAAUGUUAUUGGUGUGUGAUAGUGAUAAGGCUUUUGAAUGUUUGUGUGAGGAUAGCACUUAUAGGAUAGGUUUUCUGCUGCUGGUGUGAGCAUAGCACUGCAGGAUAUAUUUUUGGCUGCUUGUAUGGGUUUACUUGCAGGUUAUCCUAUCAUGGGUGGGUACAGCUUGUGAUAAGGGAUUGCCCUGUUGGAUGCCGAGUGUGAGAACAGCACGAGGCAUGGCAGGUUACACUUCAUGUCUGAUCAACAUGAGUGGGAGUAUGUUAUCGUAUGUGAGGACAAUGUGCGAUAAGAUACUGUGUGUUAUGUGUGUGAGUAUAGCAUGCAUUAAGAUUACACUGUGAUAUGAUGUUCUAUUAUAUUUGAGAAUAGUAUGUGAUAUGAUAUGUUGGUAUAUGUGUGCUAGCAUGGUAUGAAUUAAUUUUACAUUGUGAUGUUAUUAUGUUUAUGACUAUGUUAUCUAGUUGGGGAGUUAUGUCCUACAUAGCUCUUCUUACUGGGCGUUAGCUCACGGGUACUCUGUGUGCAGGUAAGGCAAAACUAUACAGUGAGGGUGGCGAGCUCGAGGCAUGGAUUACAUGUUAGGGGAUUGUCACGAUGUUUUGGUUUGAGAAUAUUUCUUUAAAGAUUAUGGCUCGAUUACUUUUGUAAAAGUUAAUGUUUAAAAAUUUAUAAAGGAAUCAAGAGUUUUUGUUUUAAAAUAAUGAGAUCUCAUGCUUUAAUUAUUUUCAGUAAAUUAGUUUAUUGUUUUUCUAUAAAUGGUUUUAAACGGACUAGUAAGUGUGACGUCUCGGGAAAUCGGGGCGUUACAGGUAGAAGAACAACAAGUAUGGGAAUCUUAUUACAGAAUUCCAGGAGAUAAGUGUGACAUUUAUGGCACUUGUGGAGCUAAUUCUAAAUGUACAUUAAUGGAUGAUAAACCAAUCUGCCAAUGUUUACAAGGUUUUGAACCAAAGAAUCAAAAUAAUUUGUCACAAGGAUGUAUGAGGAACAGUUUUGUGAGCUGUAAUGAUAAAGAGAAAGAUGUGUUCUAUUUAACUACUGAGUUGAAAGUGCCCGAAACUAAGUAUACUUGGGCGAGUAAAAGCAUGAAACUCGACGAAUGCAAUGCUAAAUGCAUAAGCAACUGCUCUUGUUCGGCGUAUGGUUAUAAUUCCAAUUUAGAUGGUAGUAUUUCCGAUUUAGCUAUAGGCACCGAGUGUGUACUAUGGUUCGGGGAUUUGUUCGAUACUCGAAAUCCCAAGGGUUAUGGCCGAAAACAAAAUGUUUAUCUUCGAAUACCCUUUUCAACAACAGCUCCAAAAGAAACACGUGUUGGUAGUAAUGGUAAUUAUUCCAAGGUGAAGAAAGCAGUGAUAAUUAUUGCUGUCAUUCUCUUCAUCGGACUAGUUUUGAUUGGCUAUUACAUUUACAGGAGGAGAUGCAUUAAUGCCACUAAUAAUUAUUGUGCAAGAAACGAAAGCGAAGAUGAUGACAUGGAGCUUCCAUUGUUCAACAUAUGUACAAUUAGUACUGCCACUAAUAAUUUUUCAGAGGCUAAUAAGCUUGGAGAGGGUGGUUUUGGACCUGUAUACAAAGUAAGUUCUCAUUUAUAUUAUUAAGAGUAUUCUCUUUUCUUUUUACCAAUUAUGAAUAUUUUCAUUGUGAUGUAUUAGGGUACCUUGGAAGGAGGUAGGGAAAUUGCUGUGAAGAGUCUACAAUGAAUUCUGGACAAGGAGUCAGUGAGUUCAAAAAUGAAAUUAAACUAAUUGUUAAGCUUCAACAUCGGAAUCUUGUCAAGA